CAAUAUGCAAAAUUUGAAAGCAAUAUACAAAUUUUCUUACUAUCCAUAAUAACCCUUACCUGAAUUACACUAUAUUUCUGCAAGAGAAGAUGAAAAAUAUUUCUUUUAUUAACUUGAAGGAUCAAAUUAUAUAUCCCUUAAUACACUCCUAAAUUCAUAUGUAUAAAAUAUUUCUAAUAUAGUUAUCUCAAAUUAUUAGAUUAAGUAUUGGUUAAUGUUUAAGACUAAUUCAAUUUAUUUACUAAAAGGUCAUUGAUGUUUAUCAUAGAGAAAAUAAAAAAUUAUCUUUAAUUACAUUAGAUAAUUUAUGGAUAUAUACAGAGAGCGGAUUUAAUGGAGAAAUAAAACCAUAAAAAACAAUGAAGAUAAUAUUUCUAAAUUAUUAGGAUCAGGACGUAAGUUUAGAGUAAAAUUUAUAACAGCUUUCAUUGGUUAAUAGAUAAAUAAAAAAAUUUUGUAGAAAAGCUGAGUUUAAAAUCAGGGCAAAGGAUGGUAAAAAUACGAGUUUAAUAUAAUAAAUAAUAAAUGUUAUUGAUGAUAUGUUUUAUGAAGUUGAAGUUUGUUUGUACGAAAAUCCAAAUCAAAUAUAAUAAAAAAUAAAUGAAUUUGUCAAUGAUGCUCAAGAAACAGAAUAUGAGUACUUAUAAGAAGAUGCAUCAUAUAUUUAAAGGAGAUUCGAGCAAACUGUUGGAAAAUUAAAUAAAAUAUUUGAAGAGGAUUGCUAAAAUGAGAUAUAAUUAAAUAAAAAAUUACUCAGGUGGUAAAAAGAAUUGCAUGACAGUUUUAUUGAAUAUAAUUGGGAAAGAUAAAGUUAUAAAACAUCAUUUGAAACUAUUUUAGAAUUCGAAAAAAAACUUCAAAAUAUAAAAGAAUUAAAUGAGGAAUAAAGAACAAAAAUAGAGCAUGAAUUCUGUUUAAAACUUGAAUAAUAAGGAUUUUUUAAUUUUAACUCUUAAAGGAUUAAAUAGGCUUAACAAAUAACAUUUUAAAGAGAAUUAAAAUAUAAAUUGGAAUCUUCUAAAACAAAUAGUGAUGAAAUAGAUUAAUUAUUUAAAGAUCUUACUGAAAAAGUCAAAUAAAAAUAAAAUGAUAUUUAAGGUUUUAAUAUGCAAUAAAAUGUCAGAGAUUACAAUUUAAAAUAUAUUAAGGAAUUCUAUAAAUAAAAUGCAUAAAAUGAAUAUAAAUUAUAUGACAGAUUCUAUUUCACUAUCAACUUAUAAGAAUAAUGGAAGACUAAAAUUAUGGAAGAAAUCUUGCCAAAUAUUAAUUUAAAUGAUGAAAAAUUAUAAAAUACAAUUAUUCCUAAAUUUGAAGAGUUAUUAAAAUUAAAUAAAAUGGGAACGAAUAAUGAAGAACCAAAACCUAAAUAUGUAUGAAUGGAUUGAG